UCUAAAGACUCCCAAACACUCCGGCUUCAAAAUCGCUACUUCCGUAAGCCGUAAACUCUCUUUCUAAACACUUUCCAAUGCCUGUCGACACCACCGCCGUUAUCGCCUGGGGAUCGGGAGAAGAUGGGCAACUAGGACUUGGAGACAACGAAGAGAAAGAAUGGGUUUCCUCCAUCACCUCCCUUAAUUCCGCCACCGUCCGUUCCGUCGUCGCCGGCAGCCGUAACUCUCUCGCUAUUUGCGAUGACGGAAAGUUGUUUACGUGGGGUUGGAAUCAAAGAGGAACUUUAGGGCAUCAACCAUCAACUAAAACCGAAAACAUCCCCAGUCAAGUUAAAGCUCUUGACAAUGUCAAAAUCAUUCAGGCAGCCAUUGGUGGGUGGCAUUGCUUGGCUGUUGAUGAUGAAGGCCGUGCUUAUGCUUGGGGUGGAAAUGAAUAUGGACAAUGUGGAGAAGAGCUUGAGAAGAAAGGUGAAUCGGGUAGAACUCUGAGAAGAGAUAUUGUAAUCCCUCAAAGAUGUGCAUCAAAGCUUUCAGUUCGCCAGGUAGCUGCUGGUGGCACACAUUCUGUAGUUCUUACACACGAAGGACACGUAUGGACAUGGGGUCAACCAUGGCCUCCAGGCGACAUAAAACAAAUUUCAACACCUGUUAGAGUACAAGGAACAGGGGACACUCAGCCACGAUCACAACCUGUUCCUGUUCAAGGAUUAUCGGGACUCAAAUUGAUUGAUGUUGCUGCCGGUGGUUGGCAUUCUACAGCUUUAACAGAUGAAGGAGAGGUAUACGGGUGGGGAAGAGGGGAACAUGGAAGGCUUGGAUUUGGGGAUGAUAAAAGUAGUAAAAUGGUGCCUCAACAAGUUCAGCUUUUAGCCGGGGAAGAUAUUAUCCAGGUGUCAUGUGGUGGGACCCAUUCGGUUGCGUUGACACGCGAUGGGAGAAUGUUUUCUUUUGGACGUGGGGAUCAUGGAAGAUUGGGGUAUGGUAGAAAGGUGACAACUGGACAUCCGUGUGAAGUGCCAAUUGAUUUAAAGUCACCAAAAGAUGGUGAAUUGGGGCGUUGGUGUGCUACAUAUGUGGCGUGUGGGGGCCGCCAUACGCUUGCGCUUGUGAAAUGGAAGGAUAUGGAGGUUGAUGAGAUGAUUUGAAGGAUGUUUUUAUGAUGAUUCUCUUGUGUGAGUGAUGAGAGAUCAUUUGUGUUUUUGAUGUAUUACUGAAUUUUUUAUAUAUAUAUGGAGUUUAUUAAAGUUGGA